UUGGAAGACGAAAAGGUUAAACAAGCAGUAGCCAUGGCGUUAAAUCGAUGGUUGUUUAAUUCGCCAGUUCUCACUAUAAAUACCUCUCGUUUCUUCCUUUCUUCUUCAUUCCCUUGGUCGAUUGUUUCUGAUUUCAAUCUUGUAACAACUAAGAAAGAACAUUCUGUUUCUGAUCUUAGAAUUUGCACAUUUACGCGGAGCCGGCAUUCGUCGGUGAAAGCUUUCAAGGUUAAUAAUUUAAAAGGAAGAGAACUUGAAUCGGAGUUAAAAGCUAAAGAAAUGACGAUCAAACCAGCUGUACGGAUCUCCGAUGGCAAGCUCAUUGUGAAAGACCGGACGAUCUUGACGGGAGUACCGGACAAUGUUAUCGCGACAUCCGGUUCGUCAUCCGGCCCGGUGGAAGGGGUGUUUCUAGGGGCGGUUUUCGAGGAGGAGCAGAGCCGGCAAGUGGUUUCUUUGGGGACGUUAAGGGAUGUACGUUUCAUGGCGUGUUUUCGGUUCAAGCUAUGGUGGAUGGCUCAAAAGAUGGGCGAUAAAGGGAAGGAAAUUCCGUUAGAGACUCAAUUUCUGUUACUGGAGACGAAGGAUGGGUCCCACUUGGAAUCGGACGAUGGAAAUGAAGAGAAUCAGAUCAUAUACACCGUGUUUCUUCCUCUGAUUGAAGGAUCGUUCCGAGCUUGUAUUCAAGGCAAUGGACAAGACGAGCUUGAACUUUGCUUAGAAAGUGGCGAUGUAGACACAAAAGCGUCGUCGUUUACUCAUUCUCUGUUCAUCCAUGCCGGAACCGAUCCUUUCGACGCAAUCUCCGAUGCGAUGAAAGCUGUUAAACUCCACCUCAACACCUUCCGAUUGCGACAUGAGAAGAAACUUCCUGCGAUCGUCGACUAUUUUGGAUGGUGUACAUGGGACGCUUUCUACCACGAGGUUACUCAAGACGGCGUCGAGGCAGGACUGGAGUCUCUCACAGCCGGUGGAGUACCGCCGAAGUUUGUGAUUAUCGACGACGGAUGGCAAUCCGUCGGCGGAGACCCGCAGGAAGAGAAGGAGGAAGGAGAUGAGAAACAACCGAAGCAAGCGCCAUUGUUGAGGCUGACCGCAAUCAGAGAGAAUUCGAAGUUCCAGAAGGAGGAGGAUCCAACGGAAGGGAUCAAGAACAUUGUAAACAUCGCUAAAAACAAGUAUGGAUUGAAAUAUGUAUAUGUAUGGCAUGCGAUUACUGGAUAUUGGGGAGGAGUUCGCACCGGUGUGAAGGAUAUGGAGGAAUACGGAUCAUCGAUGCAAUAUCCAAAGGUAUCGAAAGGCGUUUUUGAGAAUGAACCGAUAUGGAAAAACGACGCGUUGGCUUUGCAAGGAUUGGGGCUGAUGAACCCUAAGAAUGUUUACAAAUUCUACAAUGAACUUCACAGUUACCUCGCAUCCGCCGGAAUCGACGGAGUCAAAGUGGAUGCACAGAGCAUAUUGGAGACUCUCGGCGCCGGGUUAGGUGGCCGAGUCGAGUUGACCCGGCAAUAUCACCAAGCUCUGGAUGCGUCCGUAGCUAGAAAUUUUCCAGACAACGGAAUUAUUGCUUGUAUGAGCCACCAUACAGAUGCUGUAUACUGUGCGAAACAGACGGCGGUUGUAAGAGCUUCCGAUGACUUCUAUCCACGAGAUCCGGUGUCGCAUACGAUUCACAUAGCCGCGGUGGCUUACAAUACUGUUUUUCUUGGAGAGAUUAUGUUGCCUGAUUGGGACAUGUUCCAUUCCCUUCAUUCAGCCGCUGAGUACCACGCCUCCGCUAGGGCCAUCAGUGGUGGCCCUGUUUAUGUCAGUGAUGCACCGGGGAAGCACAACUUCGAGCUUCUGAGGAAAUUAGUGUUACCAGAUGGGUCAGUGCUUAGAGCAACAUUGCCUGGGCGACCAACACGGGACUGUUUAUUCUCAGAUCCAGCAAGAGAUGGAGUCAGCUUGCUGAAGAUAUGGAAUUUGAACAAAUUCACCGGUGUCGUCGGCAUCUACAAUUGCCAAGGUGCUGCCUGGAACAGCCAAGAAAGAAAGAACACAUUCCACGACACCAACUCCGAUGCCAUCACUGGUUACGUCAAAGGCCGCGACGUUCACGCCAUUUCUGAAGUCGCAGCGGAUCCCAACUGGAACGGAGACUGCGCUUUCUACCGCCAUCGCUCUGGCGACCUCAUCACUCUUCCAUACAAUUCAGCGCUUCCUGUUUCUCUUAAAGUUCUCGAAUUCGACAUCUUCACCAUCACUCCGAUUAAAGUUUUGGCCCCGGGCUUCAGCUUCGCUCCCCUCGGGCUCAUUGACAUGUACAAUUCUGGUGGGGCAAUCGAAGGGUUGAAAUAUGAAGUGAAAGGUGGAGCCGAGCUUGUGGAGGUUGAUGGCACAUCAGAAGGAACCGAGGCAGCUGGUGAGCGGGCGGAAAAUCGGAGCUCCGAGUUGGUUGGAAUUGUUCACUUGGAAGUGAAAGGGUGUGGGAAGUUUGGGGCUUACUCAUCGGCGAAGCCACGACGGUGCAUUGUGGAUUCAAGUGUUGUAGAAUUUGGUUAUGAUUCGGAGUCAGGUUUGUUGACUUUAGGAAUUGACAAAUUACCAGAAGGUGAUCUUAAAUAUCACGACAUUAAAAUUGAGUUAUGAAUUUUAUGUUUUGUUAAGGAUCGUAUAAUUAGGUGCCGAUUAUAGGCAAAAAUAUUUAGGUGCCGGUUAUAGGCAAGUAUUCUCCCUUUUGUUUUGGGUAGAGAAUCUUGUAAUGUUUAUCAUGUGUCGAUUUGAAUCUAAAUAAAUUUUCUUUACCUUA